CCUUGCGCGCCAGGAAACUGAGCCUCUUGCAGCAGCUCCUCUGCCCAAUGGGGGGCGGCAGCAUUCCAGCAACUCACUCCCUGAGGUUGUGUAGGCGACAGGAGCGAUUCGCGUUCAAAAUCUUUUGACUCUACCCGCUCUCCGUAGCGCCUUAGCCCGCUAGAGUUUCAAGGCGCGUUGUUCUUUGACGAAGCUGAGUCCUAUACACCGCCUGCUGCUUUCCAGAGCAUGGCUUCUCCGAGUUCCUUCACCUACUGUUGCCCUCCAUCUUCCUCCCCUGUCUGGUCAGAGCCGCUGUACAGUCUGAGGCCCGAGCACGCGCGGGAGCGGUUGCAGGACGACUCGGUAGAAACAGUCACGUCCACGGAACAGGCAAAAGUAGAAGAAAAGAUCCAAGAGGUCUUCAGUUCUUACAAGUUCAACCACCUUGUACCAAGGCUUAUUUUGCAGAGGGAGAAGCACUUCCAUUAUCUGAAGAGAGGCCUCCGACAGCUGACAGAUGCCUACGAGUGUCUGGAUGCCAGCCGCCCAUGGCUCUGCUACUGGAUCCUGCACAGCUUGGAACUCCUAGAUGAGCCCAUUCCCCAGAUGGUGGCGACAGACGUGUGUCAGUUCCUGGAGCUGUGUCAAAGCCCAGAAGGUGGCUUUGGAGGGGGCCCUGGCCAGUACCCACACCUUGCGCCCACGUACGCAGCAGUCAACGCGCUGUGCAUCAUUGGCACCGAAGAGGCCUAUGAUGUCAUUAACAGAGAGAAGCUUCUCCAGUAUUUGUACUCGCUGAAGCAACCCGAUGGCUCUUUUCUCAUGCACGUUGGAGGUGAGGUGGACGUGAGAAGUGCGUACUGUGCCGCCUCAGUAGCUUCUCUGACCAACAUCAUCACUCCAGACCUGUUUGAGGGCACUGCUGAAUGGAUCGCAAGGUGUCAGAAUUGGGAAGGUGGAAUUGGCGGGGUGCCAGGGAUGGAAGCCCACGGUGGCUAUACUUUCUGUGGCCUGGCCGCACUGGUCAUCCUCAAGAAGGAACGCUUCUUGAACUUGAAGAGCUUAUUACAAUGGGUGACAAGCCGGCAGAUGCGGUUUGAAGGUGGAUUUCAGGGCCGCUGCAACAAGCUGGUGGAUGGCUGCUACUCCUUCUGGCAGGCGGGGCUCCUGCCUCUGCUCCACCGUGCACUGCAUGCCCAAGGUGACCCUGCCCUCAGCAUGAGCCGCUGGAUGUUUCAUCAGCAGGCCCUGCAGGAGUACAUUCUUAUGUGCUGCCAGUGCCCCACCGGGGGGCUUCUGGAUAAACCUGGCAAGUCCCGGGACUUCUACCACACCUGCUACUGCCUGAGCGGCCUGUCCAUAGCCCAGCACUUCGGCAGUGGAGCCAUGUUGCACGAUGUGGUCCUGGGUGUGCCUGAAAAUGCCCUGCAGCCCACUCACCCUGUGUACAAUAUUGGACCAGAUAAGGUGAUCCAGGCCACCAUGCACUUUCUGCAAAAGCCAGUUCCAGGCUUCGAGGAGCAUCAGGAUGAGGCAACAGCAGAGCCUGCCACUGACUAGAAGACAUGGUGUCCCGCAGCUCUGUGUUCACCCACCUCCCCAGUCAGACCAAGGUUUAUACGUUUCGAUACAUACUGCAUUCUGUGCUGCACAAGCCUUGGCCGCUGUGAAGCUUGGUUCUCUGUCCUUUCUUGUUAAACAAAACAAAACUGAUGGCUCUGUGUUUAGAGAACACAGUGGUGUGGUUUUUAAAAAAUUCUUUCCACUCCUGUCCAACCAAAAAUCUUCAGCCACGCGGCAUCUGAACCCGCCCUGGCCUGGCCAGGGUUGGUUGGAGAACAUGCAGCUCUCCAGUGCGACCGUCGCAUCGAAGUGAAUGAUGUUUAUGAGUGUUACGGCAUCUGGAGUUGCUGCUGCGAUUCCUCUUUGUGCCACCGUUAAGUCACCGGGAAGGUGGCCUCCGUGGGUGGAAAUAAGUCUGCUCCAUGCCUAGGCAGGGGCUUUGGGUCCCACCAAAAUGAAUUCUCCAGGAAAAGACAUGGUGGUACUUCACUCAGAGGUGCCCGAGGCGCUCACCUCCCAGCCUGGUUACUUGCAAGGGGAAGGAGCUGGGGUGGGAGGAGAAAGGUCUCGGGAGGUGUGAGUCCCUCCCUGGCCACACUGGGCGCUGACCACACAUCUCCAAGGCCGGGCUGGGCAGGCGCAUGGGCAGGAUUUGCUUUAGCCCCACUUGUGGUGACUCAGACCCGGAAAGCCAAUUAUGAGUGGAAAAUGAACCUCUAGUUCAACUCUGUGCCAGAGGAAGCAGCCCCAGAGCGCCGCCCCCCACCCCACUCAGCCCCCGCCCAGGUGCCCUGAAAAGGCCCUCUGAGGACCGCAAGGCAGCACCUUCAGCCUGUGGCCAGUCUGUUUCCAUCUGUCUUCCACCGACUCCCAGCCCACCCUCCUCAAAGACGGUGUUGUCUUUUCUCACCCCAAUUAUUAACACUACUAAGAAGGACUUUCACCUUAAUUUCUGACUCAGGAUUUAUUCACAUCCUGCCCACUCCAGGCUCAGAGAAAUAAAGCCAAGCACUAGAUAAGCUGGGUGCUGCUGAGGCAGUAGCCGCGUAAACCUGGCCGGGGCAGGGCUGAGCGCUGCCUGCUGUGUUCAGCCUGGCAGGGCCUCUGCUGCCCUCACAGAAGAACCCUUUCUCAGUCAGUGGGGUCUUGAGGAGUUGGCUCACUUGUCCACUGCUACGGUCACAGCAAGCUCCAAGUCGCCGGUCUGGCCUUUCCAUAAGCAGCCAUGGGCUGUGGGCAGAUGGGGGCCUGGAGAUGCAGCAUAAGGCUCUUCUCAAAAACUCUGGCCAUCUGCUGCCUCUAAUUCCCUAGUGCUUUGGUGUAUUGGGCUAUGUAUUACCUCCUUGAAAUAGUAAAAGAAUAACCUUU